AUGACGAGCAUAUCAGGAAAGGCAGGGGCUUUGGUGUCGACUGGUGUCGAUGACCGCCAGGCGACCAAGCCAAGCCUAGACACUCUCAUCUCAACGCACGACUUCGAGCUCGUUGCCUCCAAGACCUUCUCCCCCAAGGCAUGGGCCUUCGUCUCCUCAGCCGCCACAGAUCUCUACACAAAGCAACGUAAUGCGACGACCUUCUCUAAGAUCAGGCUGCGCCCCCGCGCCCUCCGGGACGUCUCCAAGGUCGACCUUAGCACCACCAUGCUCGGCCACCGCAUCCGCGCCCCCCUGUUCUGCAGCCCCGUGGCCAUGAGCAAGCUCGUCCACGAGGAGGGCGAGAAGGACGUCAGCCGGGCCUGCAAGACCCUGGGCAUCGCGCAGUGCGUGUCCACGAGCGCCUCCUACCCCCUGGGCGAGAUCGCCUCGGCCAUGCGCGCCCACCCCGUCCCCAACGACGAUUUCGAGGUGCCCAUGUUCUUCCAGCUCUACGUCGACAGGAACCGCGAGAACUCACGGAGACUCCUCCAGAGGGCCCGCGACGCCGGCGCCAAGGCCAUCUUCCUGACCAUCGACGCCCCCGUCCCGGGAAAGCGCGAGGCAGACGAGCGGAUACUAUCCGACGAGACGCUGAGCUCGGGCAUGUCGGGCGUCGGGGUCAGUAACGACGCCAGGGGCGGCGGCAUCGGCCGCGUCAUGGGCGGGUACAUCGAUGCGUCCGUGUCGUGGGGGGACAUCCCCUGGCUGCGCUCCUGUGUGCCCGGCCUGCCCGUCGUUCUCAAAGGGGUGCAGACUUGCGAGGACGCAAUACUGGCCUGCGAUGCCGGCGUGGACGCCAUCGUCGUGUCGAACCACGGCGGGCGCAGCCUCGACACCUCGUCCGAGUCUAUUAUGGUCCUCCUGGAGAUGCACAGGAACUGCCCAGAGGUGUUUCGGACGGUGGAGGUGUAUGUCGACGGGGGUAUCACGCGUGGCACUGACGUCUUCAAGGCGCUCUGUCUUGGUGCUAGGGCCGUGGGGAUAGGACGGGGUCAGCUGUACGGUUUGAACUACGGGCAUGAAGGGGUCGCUCGCUAUUUUGAAAUCCUACGAGAUGAACUGGAAACAACGAUGAAGAUGUGUGGUGUUACAAGUAUUGAUCAAUUACAUCCCGGGUACUUGAAUAGCCUUAGUAUCGAUCAUGAGAUUCCAACCCUAGACCCGGCGACGAAGCUUACCUUGAUGAAGAGCAAGCUCUAG